AUGGCACCUCCACCAGCAAAGUCGAUCAGAAAGCGAAACAGAAAGCGCAAGAGACGGGCUGCCUCCUCCUCCUCCUCCUCGUCUUCUUCGGAUUCGAAUUCUUCUGAUUCAGAGUCGGUUUCUCCUCAAAAGCAGGCGCCGGUUGUCGCGACGCAAGCGCACGCAUCCGAACCCUCCUCGUCCUCCUCGUCCUCCUCCGAAUCGGAAUCUGACGAUAGCGAUGUACCUCAGCGGGUAGAGCCAACCAAAGAAACGCCUGGAAAGGUCCACGUCAAGCAAGCUUCAACGCAGGAACGUUCACCAUCCCCUCAGCCAGUGCCCAUACCGUCAUUUCUUCCAUCACAAGCAGAAGCGGCGGAGGUGGUAGAACAAGAGAAGGUGCUGAAAGAGAGAUUCAGACGGUUUUGGAUGUCCAGCAUUGUCGAUGCGUUCAAGGACGAUCUUGAGGAGAUUCGAAAAGAACCUAACCUCGACAAGUCCCGCUUGGCACUGUUGAUCGAUUCUCUGGCAUCUGGAGCAGAAGCGUAUUCUUCGUCUCUAAAAGAUGGUAAAGACAUAAACGAAAUGGAAGUUGUAUUGGAUAGCUGA